AGCAGAUAAUUUCGGCUUUGGCUGAUAUUAAUGAAAAAUUAAGAGUCACGAAGGCCGAACUUGCUGUUUUUACCAGUAAGUUUCAUUAUAAUAAUGGAUCUGAGAACUUCGGUAAAAAUUUUGAGGAAAACUUUGGAGAUUCAAACAUUGACCCCAGUGGAAGUUCCUAUGACUUCGGUGAAAGAUUUGAUGAAAACUUUGGUGAUCCAAACACAGAUCCCAGUGAAAUUCUUGAUCCCUUUAUCACCACAUAUACCUAUACCCAAGUAUUAUGCUUCCAACCCUUCCAAAAGUGCUUCCAAGAGUGCUUCCAAUCUUCCAAGUGCACAUCACUGCCUAUACCCUCAAUACCAUCAUCUCCACCACAUAUACCAUCACCACAAAUUUUGUCAGUUUCAACCUUUAAUGAAUCAGAUAUGAAUACCUCAAAAACUUUUGCUGCUUUCUUUAUCCUCUUCCUCGCUUUAAUCUCUUCCACAAAUGCUCACAUGAGUCUUUUAGCUCCGAAAUAUAGAGGAAGUGACGAAGGCAAGGCAAGCGAGGCCCCUUGUGGAGGUUUUAGUGAUGUAAACAAAGCUGCCAUAUCCGAAUUUCCAGUUACAGAUGGUAGAGCAACAACCAAGUACGAAGAUGGUAAUGGAAUGAUGUAUUUCAACUACGCUCCCACCUCUGAUGGUCCUUUCAUGCCCGUUUCAGAAAAUGUCACAGUUAACGUUCCCGAAGAUACUAAUAAUGGUGUUCAAUUUUCAACAAAUAUUAAUCUCUCUUUAGCAAAUGCUAAAGUUGGUGACUCAGGUGUGCUACAAGUUGUUUAUAAUUCAACCACUGGAGUUACUACGUGGUAUCAAUGUGCUGAUAUCCAUGUUGUAAAUGUUAAUGAUGCCAAAUCCGUUGGCGUCAACAUGCAUCUUGAAGUCGCUUCCCUUAUAUUUAGUAUUGCUUCUUUGUUAAUGAUUCUAAAUUAA